AUGACAGAUGAUUUUUUAAAUAAUUUUCGUUCAAUCGAUCCAUUUACCAAUGCAAGUGCACAAAGUGCAUUAAAUAUUGGUAAUGGUGAGAAAAUGGAUCAACACAGUUCUAAUGUAGUUCAUAUUCGUAUUCAACAACGAAAUCGUGGCAAGAGUGUGACUACUAUUCAAGGUAUUGAUGAAAAAUUUGAUAAAAACAAACUUUUACAAGAAUUCGCAAGGAAAUUUGCAUGUGGUGGUAAUAUUGUUAAACAUAAAGAAUAUGGCGAAGUUAUUCAAUUACAAGGUGAUAAAAGAAAUGGUGUCAAUCAAUUUCUUAUUGAUAAUAAAAUGUAUUCAGAUGGACAGAUUAAAGUUCACGGUUUUUAA